UCCUCUUCCUCCUCCUCCUCCUCCUCCUCCGUCCGUCCGUCCAUCCGUGCGUCCGUGCGCUCGCCCUCCGUCCGGCCCGCAGCAUGGCCGGCGUCAGCUUCAGCGGGCACCGCUUGGAGCUGCUGGCGGCGUACGAGGAGGUGAUCCGGGAGGAGAGCGCGGCCGACUGGGCUCUGUACACAUAUGAGGAUGGCUCAGAUGACCUCAAGUUGGCUGCAUCAGGAGAAGGGGGCUUGCAGGAGCUCUCGGGCCACUUUGAAAACCAGAAGGUGAUGUAUGGCUUCUGCAGCGUCAAGGAUUCACCGGCUGCCCUGCCAAAAUACGUGCUCAUCAACUGGGUUGGCGAAGAUGUGCCUGACGCUCGCAAGUGUGCCUGUGCCAGCCAUGUGGCCAAGGUGGCCGAGUUCUUCCAGGGCGUCGACGUCAUUGUGAAUGCCAGCAGCGUGGAAGACAUUGAUGCAGGCGCCAUCGGGCAGCGGCUCUCCAACGGGCUGGCCCGGCUCUCCAGCCCCGUGCUGCACCGACUGCGGCUGCGGGAGGAUGAGAAUGCCGAGCCUGUGGGCACCACCUACCAGAAGACGGACGCAGCGGUGGAAAUGAAGCGAAUCAACCGAGAACAGUUCUGGGAGCAGGCCAAGAAGGAGGAAGAGCUGCGGAAGGAGGAGGAGCGCAAGAAGGCCCUGGACGAGCGACUCCGGUUCGAGCAGGAGCGGAUGGAACAGGAGCGGCAGGAGCAGGAGGAACGGGAGCGGCGCUACCGGGAGCGGGAGCAGCAGAUCGAGGAGCACAGGAGGAAGCAGCAGACGCUUGAAGCAGAAGAGGCCAAGAGGCGGUUGAAGGAGCAGUCCAUCUUUGGUGACCAGCGAGAUGAAGAGGAAGAAACUCAGAUGAAGAAGUCGGAAUCUGAGGUGGAGGAGGCGGCAGCCAUUAUUGCCCAGCGGCCUGACAACCCACGGGAGUUCUUCAAGCAGCAGGAACGGGUUGCUUCAGCCUCGGCGGGCAGCUGUGACAUUCCCUCGCCCUUCAACCACCGGCCAGGUCGUCCGCACUGCCCUUUCAUAAAGGCGUCGGACAGUGGGCCUUCCUCCUCCUCCUCUUCCUCCUCUUCCCCUCCACGGACUCCCUUUCCCUAUAUCACAUGUCACCGCACCCCAAACCUCUCUUCCUCCCUCCCAUGCAGUCACCUGGACAGCCACCGGAGGAUGGCGCCCACCCCCAUCCCUACCCGGAGCCCGUCCGACUCCAGUGUGGCCUCCACCCCUGUGACCGAGCAAAUCGAGAGGACCCUGGAUCAGGUCACGUCCUCACAGCCUCCACCACUGCCACGGCCACCUCCCCUGGCCCCAGACACCCAGGAACCCAGCCGCAGCACAGACAGCGAAGAGACCAGCAAGGAGGCCCAAACCGCCCCAGCCCCCCAAGCUCCGGCCAGCCCCGUGGUGGAGCCCCCCGAGGCCCAGGAGCCUGUGCAAGGGCAAGGCGGGCCCACGGAGGACUUGGUGCUGAUGACGGCUCCCGAGCAGGCCCCUGGGGAGCCCGCCGCCCUGGAGAGCACCGCAGAGGUUGCCUGGGUGGCUGAGGCUGGUGCUAUGGAAAGUGAUGCUGCCGCCGCGGACGCCGCCAUCACCAACGACGUAGCCCUUGCCACUGCCGGCCUCGUUGACCUGUGGUCUGGCAAUGGGGAAGGGACCUCAGCGCUCCCGGCUGAGCCCAGAGCCCCCACGCCCCCAUCCGGUGCUGAGGGCACUCCGGCAGAGGUGCCCCUGCUGAACGAGGUGGCUCAGGAGCCACCCCCACCUGCGGGGGAUGCCUGUGCCAACCUCCUGGGUUUCGAUGCGCUGCUACCUGAGCCUCCAACCACCUUCUGUGACCCAGAGGAGGAAGUGGAAGGGGAGCCCCUGGCUGCCCCCCAAACCCCAGCUCUGCCCUCGGCGCCAGAGGAGCCAGAGCCAGAGGCAGAACCGGAAGCCCAUCUAUUGACCAACGGGGAGACCACCCAAAAGGAGGGAACUCAGGCCAGUGAGGGCUACUUCAGCCAAUCCCAGGAGGAGGAAUUUGCCCAAUCAGAAGAGCUGUGUGCAAAGGCUCUGCCUCCGGUGUUCUACAGCAAGCCCCCAGAAAUCGACAUCACCUGCUGGGAUGCUGACCCGGUCCCCGAGGAGGAGGAGGGCGGCUUCGAGGGCGGUGACUAGCCCGGGCUCCUGCCCCCAGGCUGCCCUCGCCGAGGCCGUGCACCUGCGCUCCGGCCUUCGCCCUGCCAGAUGGCCCGCAAGCAGUGCAGUGCCUGCCUUCGCAGCAGCUCCGCCUGGCACCCAACUCCGGAGUCCGGCCUUUGCCGCUGCCGCCUCCGCCGCUGCCCUACCCACAGGGCCUGGCUUUUACAGCUUUUCUUUCUUUUUUUAAAGUUGAUAGGACUUGUACAGUUGAUUGGUUUUCCUCCGAUUGGUAGUUGAGACGCUGUGGCGCACCCCACCUCUUCCCUGCUGGGUCCAGUUUGUAGCUCAUAGUCCUCCCUGCUCAGCUGGCCCGGGGAGGGUGGGUAAGGGGGCAGCCUCACCACUGCUUGGGGCCCCCCCGGCGUGGCGGGGGUGGGGGUGGGGAGGGAGGGAGGGAGCUGUAGUGGGGAAAACGUGCCCCUCCCACCU